AGAGGAACAGAGCAAGCCUGGGGAUAUAUAUCAUAUAAAGAUGAGCGCCCAAAUCCAUAUGAAGUAUCCGAUCUGCCUGAUAGAGAACAGGAACAGCAAUGAGUUUGUGAUUAAUACAGAAGCAGAACAGAUUCUGUCUCAGAUCACUGAUCCGGUGGUGGUUGUGGCGAUUGUUGGGAAAUACCGGACAGGGAAAUCUUAUCUGAUGAACAAACUGGCAGGAAGCAAAACUGGUUUCGCUCUGGGAUCCACCAUUCAAUCAAAGACUAAAGGGAUCUGGAUGUGGUGCGUUCCUCACCCUUGCCAACCCUCACACACCCUGGUGCUGUUGGACACAGAGGGACUGGGGGACGUGGAAAAGGGAGACAGCAAAAAUGACGGCUGGAUCUUCUCUCUGGCAGUUCUGUUAAGCAGCAACUUAGUGUAUAACAGUAUGGGAACCAUCGAUCAUCAAUCAAUGGAGCAGCUACACUACGUGACAGAACUGACAAAUCUAAUAAAGAUAAAAUCAAACCCCAAAGAAGGAAAAGAUGAAUCUGGUGAAUUCAAACGGAUAUUCCCAUCAUUCACAUGGUGUGUUCGAGAUUUCAGCCUGAUAUUAGAGCUGGAUGGGAAGAAAGUCACAGAAGAUGAUUAUCUAAUGAAUUCCCUCAGACUCAAGAAAGGUACUGAUAGGAAGACUCAAGAUUUCAACCUGCCAAGGGAGUGCAUCCUCCACUACUUUCACUCACACAAAUGUUUUGUGUUUGACCAACCUACGUCUAGUAGAAACCUUCAUCGCCUGGAAGAGCUACAAGAGCAAAACCUGGAAGAAACAUUUGUGGAACAAGCUCAGAAGUUCUGUGGUUAUAUACACAGAGACGGGAUAGCCAAAACUCUUCCCGGUGGCCUCUUAGUCACUGGCAGAAUGCUGGCACAUCUUACUAGCCUAUACAUAGAGACAAUUAUGAGUGGAUCAGUCCCAUGUAUGGAGAACGCUAUCCUUGCACUGUCAGUAAUAGAGAACACUGGGGCUGUGCAGGAUGCCUUGGCCAAGUAUGAGACUUGCAUGAAUGAACACCUGCCCAGGUUCCCAACAGAGACACUGCAAGAGUUCCUGUACCUCCACCAGGGGAGUGAGAAGGAGGCUCUGGAGGUCUUUCUGAAACGUUCCUUCAACGAUGAGAAUCAGGAUUUCCAAAAAGAAUUCAAGAAUCUAUUAGAUAACAAAAUGAAGGAAUUUUCAGAACGCAAUGAGAGGGAAUCUACAGAGCGUUGUCAAACCAUCAUCCAGAAAUUAAGUGAAUCUCUGGAACAAAGAAUAUCCCAGGGAGAGUUUUCCAAACCUGGAGGGCACAAGCUGUUUUUGAAAGAGAAGAUGACAAUAAUGGAAGAGUAUAACACAACCCCACACAAAGGCCUAAAGAGCCUUGAAGUACUACAGGAAUUUAUCAGUAACAAGAAGGCCACUGAAGCUGCCAUUCUCCAAGCAGAUGAAAGCCUGACAGCAAAGGAAAAGGAGAUUGCAGAGAGUCAGGCUGAGACUGCAGAAGCAGAAAGGCAAAGACAGAUUCUUGAAGAGAAAGAGAAAUACCUACAAGAAAGCAUGGAAAAUCAGAAGAAGAGCUUUGAGCAGCACGAGAAGAUGCUAAUAGAGAAGAUGGAAGCUGAUAGGCAGAAGUUAAUAGCAGAGAAUGGGCGAGUGAUAGCCCAGAAACUGCAGGAACAAAAUGCCAUGCUGACUGCUGGAUUUCAAAGCAAAGUAAAUGAUUUACAGAGAGAGAUUGCAGAUCUAAAUCGGAUGAACAGGGAUACAGGACCCUGCAUUUUGCUUUAGGAAAAAUUUGCUCUGUGAUAGAUAAGGUUGGGAGCAUGCUCAGUAGGGGCUAAAGCUUUUGCAGCUGGGAAAUAUGUUACAGGUGUAGUGUCAUUGCAAUAAAAACCUACAAAACUG